AUUUCAUAAAACCUUUUUGCAUCCAAAUUAGGUUCUUCUACAUUUCCAGUUCCAUCUGCUAUUGUUGUAGUUGUUUCUAAAAAUGCAUCACUAAUCAUAUCUUGAACCCUAUCAUGAUCUACCAUCUGCUCCUCUUGAUGAUAAUUAUAUUCAUUAUGCACAUGAUUCGGUUCUUCAUUAUGAUGAGCAUCCUCAAAAUUAGCAUUACUACUACUAGCUUCAUUUCCCCCAUAACCCUCUCCAUGUUGAUACCAAAUGUAAUACUGUGGUGUAAAUCCUCUGUUUACUAAAUGAUUCCAUACAGUUUCACUACGUGCAAAUUUCGAAUUUUUGCAUUUUGAACAGGGGCAGAACAUCUUACCGCUUUCCUGCGUGAUCGGUGUACAGCCCGCCUGGUGCAUGAAUGUCUCUAGCCCGUUCAGAAAUGCAUUCGUCACUCUCCCGUCGGAAUCUUUGUGCAAAUACAUCCAACUUCGUAACUCGUAAAUACUACCGCCACCGACCAUUUUUUCUACUAUUUUUUUUUAAAUUUUUUUUUUUUCCGUUUGUGUGUUGUGAGGAAGAGAGUUGUGUGUUGUGAGGAAGAGAGUUGUGGGAAAUGACAUAUAUAUAGAGAAAUUUUCGAGUUGGGUAGUUGAAAUAUAACAACGAUUUUACAAGGGAAAGUUUACAUGGAUUUUACAUAGAUUUUUUACAACGACUUUACAACGAAACUCGAUAAGUUUUUCACCUAAAUAUAACGGUAACAUGAUUCGUUGUAAUAACGAUGUAAAAUUUCAAUUUCGACGUACUUACGUCGUAAUAUUACAUGGCGUUUACGACGAAAUUUGGUUUCGUUGGUUUCGUCGUAAUUGCGUUGUUACCCCACCAAUUACUAUUUCUAAAACAACGAUAAGGAACCUGUGUCGUUCGUCUGUCUGCCAAUUCAGUGGAACGACAAGGAGAAAGUGGACGGAAGUGCAGCUGGUUUGUACUUGAGAGGAACUUUUGACGAUGGUCGGAGGUUUCACUCAAGUAUAAACCAACUUCACUUCCCUCCAUUUUCUCCUUAUCGCUCUACUGAAUUGGCAGACAGACGAAUGACUCAUGUUCGUUAUCGUUAUCUUCGAAAUAGUAAUUGGUGGUUCGAGAAGAAGAGAGUUGUGUGUUGUGAGGAAGAGAGUUGUGUGUUGUGAGGAAGAGAGUUGUGGGAAAUGACAUAUAUAUAGAGAAAUAUGGUAAGUUUUACAUGGAUUUUACAUGGAAAAUUUACAACGCGUUUACAACGAACUUAGGUAAGUUAAAGCACUUUCAAUACACGUUUUCACCUUUAUGUAACGGUAACAUGAUUCGUUGUAAUGUCGAUGUAACGUUUACAACUAUUUUGCAUUCCACGUACUUUCGUCGUAAACUUACAUUAACUUUACGACGAAUACAUUUCGUCGUAAAUUACCAUCGAGUUUACGACGAAGUCAUGUCGCGUCGUAAUUGCGUUGUAAAGCUCAUGUAAAUUUACGAGGAAAUUAUUUCCUCGUAAAAUGCCGUUGUUACUGCUACGUUUUCUUGUAGUGAAUUAUACAGGCUACGGAGGACAUGCAUACAAGGGAUCUUCAACAUGGUGCAAGUAAACUUAUUCAGGCGUGAUCUUCGUAGGAUGUCUCAGGUGAUGCAGUUAGACGUAGAUCUUUAUAAGGCAUAUAGUAUUGUCGAUUGUCAGAUCGUCUAUGUAAUCUUUUUCAUAAUUGUAAUAUCAUAAUAAAUCAGCGUUAAAAAAAAGAUUCAGUCAGUUCAGUUAUGAUAUUUAGGAAUCUAAAAAAUAUCCAAAUAACCUAUGUAUUUAGAAAUAUUAUUAAACAAUUUAUUAAAAGAUAAACAUAUUAUCCGCGCAGGCGCGUGAGUCAAGAUCUAGUUUAUAUUUAAAACAGUGAAAAAAGAAUAAAGGAUGGGGCAGGGAGCUUUUUCUAUAACAGGAGCUUUUUAUCAUUAAUUUUUUAUAUAUAUUUUGGUGCAUUAAAAUAAAAAUAUAACAGGAGCUACAAACUUACAAUAAGGUGAACAUAGCUUUUUGUCAUUAGUUAGAUAAUAUUAUAUUAUUUUUCAUAUAAUUGAAAAUAUACUUCCUCGUAUAUUUUUUCUCUUGCGCCAUUAAAAAUAAUUUUCAUAAACUAUUAUAAUAGAAUAACCAAACAUGAAUGUUAGUUUUCAAGUAAAUGCAAAAAUUGAAUGGGUGUAAACAUAUUACGUAUACUAGUCUCAUACACGUGUACAUAUACUGAGAUUAUAUCAGCAUAUGUAUCAUGUACAUACACGUGAAUGGCUGGCAAAGGAAACGUUUCUAAAUCCCUCUGGAUUCUAUCAGCAUCAGCACAUCAUGUAUGAGACUUCUGCCCGACUCCGGCACCUACAAGACUGGAGUUUCCAUCAUUGUGUGCAGGAGAGGAAUAUUGUGGCUCAAGAGGUAGCGCAGAGUGUUACUAACGAGCAUCGUUAUCACUCCUACAUUGCAGCAGGUGGUCCCUCAUGGCUGCAACAUAGCAUUGAGCAUGAAGCUCGGAUGUGAUCUGCAGGAACGAGUCACCUAUCUCUGAAUUUUUCUCAGGCUCGGGAAUAUCUACUGACAUUUAUCCUCUGUUGAGCUCAGUUUCUUUUGGUUGUUUCAAUUUCUUCUUUUCUUUGGGUGAUACACCAUUGGCCUUUAUGGUCUGUUUUUGUUGUUAGAACCUUAUGGUCUCUUUGAAAGUUAAUUUAAUCAGUGUUAAAAAAAAAUACUGAGAUUAUGUAUACGGUUCUAUAUACUCGUAUUCUUGUAUAUAAAGAAAACACCUUGUACAUAAUUCAUUAAUUUAUUGAGUAUAAUUUUAAGUUCUUGAACUCUACUUUCUCUUUCUUAAUAUGGUAUCAAAGUAACAAAUUUUUCCACCAUCUUUUUUUUCAAGCUUCAUUUCCUCAUAAUGAGUGCUUCGAUUUGUUGUUCGAUCUUCGAUUCAUUUGUUUCUUGGUUGAUUAGAGUUCUUGAUGUGAUUGCAAUUUUCUAUUUCGUCUUCAUUGUUCAUUUCAUUUCUCUAUGAGCUGCGAUUUCAUUCUCUGAGCUUGAAUUCAUCACUUUAUGUCAUGUCCCCGAUCCUAGAUAGGAUCGUCCGGAUGGACCAUGGUGCAAGGAGACGCUCCAGUCAGGUUGUAAGACCUUGAGACAAGCGUAUCAUGGUCUAAAUUGAUGGUUAAGGAAGUCAGGCAGCUGAAACUUAACCUGGAUACGAUGGAGACAAGUUAAAGAGAGCUGGACGAGUGAUCCGGAAGUUGGACAAGGUCCGGGUCAAGCUCAAUCAGCUAGGUGUAGCUUGCAGCUAGCUCACCUAAACUUAGUCAGCUCACUGGACAUGAUGGACUAGCUCACUCAGCUAGGGCAGCUGGUGGUCAGCUCAUCUCAACUUGGCAGAGUGUUCCGGUCCGACUAGUGUGAUCGGUCCGAGCGGUUACCGGACCGUGUCGGCGGCCCGUGUGGGAUGAUGGGUCCGUGUGCAACCACGAUCAGACCAGGGAAACUGUCAAGAGAGCAGUUGGGUGGUUAUGGGGCCGUUUAUGGGAAGUUAUAGGUGAAAGGGUGCAAGAGGACAAGUGGCACCCAUUCGGUCAAUCCCUUGCAACCGAUCGACCAAGGCAGUUACCGGUUCCUCUCUCUAUAAAUAUAAGGCUUUGGGGUCGAUUUUGGGCAUCAUAUUUCUUAGGGAAAUCUCUGAAGAAAUCGUGAGAGAGAAAGCAAGAGAGAGAGACCGGCGGUGGAAGAAGAAACCGUGAGUGGUGGUGCUUGUUCUGUUCCGGCGAGGACUAGACCAUGAGAGACAAGGCUUGUGGAGAUGGAUACCAUACAGAAGGAGAAAGAGAAGGAGAAGGAGGCGGCGCAAGGAGACCGCUCGCCUAAGGUCAGUGGUGUGAACCGCGGACCAUCAGCCUUAGCCGAUAGAUGAUCCGAUUGUGCCUUGGGGUCGAUCGUGUACUGGUUGCAUCCUUUCUACCCCUUUCUCUUCAAAUCGCCUUCUCUCUGUAUAUUUUGUUGAUUUAUACUUGAUCUGAUAUGGAGAGACUGAACCAAGGCCUUUGGCCGGUUCAGAAUCAAAGUCCUUGGCCUUUGGCCGGACUUAGGCAUGUCCGGAUACACCAAGGGAUUAUCGGAUGAUCUAAAUCGCCUUGUGUGUAAUCAGCUUGAGGCCUUGCUUGGGCGCGCUUGAUUCUCUUAUGAAUCUAAGUGUGGCCAGUUGAUAUAUGUACUGAUUGAAUAGGCUUUGAGUAGAGAACUCUAGGAACCGAACCAUGCAACGAUAGAUCCGUGUGUUAGGUUAUCUGAUCAUAUGCUUGUGUGUUGUGAUGUGUUGGUUUCAGGUACGGGCUUGGCCCGUGGUAAAGGAAAGGAACUGUAAGGACUCCAGCCGUGGGAAGAUGUAUGGUGAAUGGGUCAUUCCUAGUAGAUGUGAAGUAUUGAUAUCCUAUUGUGCAAACUGUGAACUUAUGAUAGACUAGUGUGCAACUUGUUUAGUAUGAACGAUUGAAUGAUGUAUGAAUCUCAGUUAUUAUUUAUGAAAUGUCGAUUUGCCAUACUUAAUUCUGAUUGUUUAAGUGUGAUUAAAUAAACCUCAAAACUCUGAUAAAUACUUAAAAAAAUUUUACACUUGAAAUUGGAAGUAAAAGAAUCAACCUGAGUAGAAAUGGUUAGGUAAGUUGCGGUCUGGUUGGAAUGAGAAUUCCAAGAUCGGGUCUUACACUUUCGAUCUCCGAUUUCAACUUCAUUCACCUCAGAUUCAACUUUAUUGACCUCAGAUUCAACUUCAUUCCUCCGAUUCAACUCUGUUCUUCCUCGAUUCAACUCCGUUCUUCCCCGAUUCAACUAUGUUCUUCCUAGAUUCAACUAUUCUUGCUUGUUGUCAUCAUCAACAUCGUUCGUUUCUUGCUCAUGGUGACUUUGGCUUCUAUGAAUGUUCCUCUGGUUGCUCCUUCUGCGAUAGUUGAUCACUAUGACAAUUUGUACUUCCUCCAGAACUCUGAUCACGCUGGAUUGGUUCUUGUAAUUGAUCGAUUGGCUCUGGUGCUGAUUUUCAUGUGUGGUGUCGUUCUGUUCGUAUGGUGAUCAACGUCAGAAAUAAACUUGAAUUCAGUAACGGUACAAUCUUGAAACCUCCUCCUCAUUAUAGAGAUUCAAGUGCUUAGUCUAGGUGUAAUGAUAUGGUCUCGACUUGGUUAAUGAACUCGGUGUCAAAGAAGAUAGGACAGAGUUUACUUUUCAUGUCAAGUGCUGAGAGUAUAUGGAAGAAUCUCAUUUCUAGGUUUAAACAAUAUGAUGUGCCUCGAAUCAAUGAGAUAGAGCAACGUCUUAGUACCAUUCAACAGGGCUAUCUUGACAUUAGCACUUACUACACUGAAAUUGUUACACUAUGGGAAUAUCAGAACUAUGUCGACCUCCCAGUUUGUACGUAUGGUAAGUGUGAAUGCAAUGCCGUUUUUUCUUGGGAGAAUCUUCAACAACGAAGUCGUGUGAUGAAGUUCUUGAUGGGAUUGAAUGAAGCAUAUGAAGCAACUCGUCGUCACAUCCUUAUGUUGAAGCCUAUUUCAGCGAUUGAAGAAGUGUUUAAUAUGGUGACUCAAGAUGAAAGACAGAAGAACAUCAAACCUCCUACACGGGUUGAGAAUGUUGUUUUCCAGAAUUCUACAUCAUAUUCAGAACAACAUGAGUACUCUGGAUCUUCUGAGCAUACCGCUUAUGAUGUCAACAACAACAAUUAUCGUUCUAAACCUCGACCUAUAUGCACACAUUGCGGCGUUGCUGGUCAUAUUGUGCAAAAAGUGCUUCAAGCUACAUGGCUAUCCGCUGGGUCAUAGGUUUUAUAACAAUUCUCAAAGGAAUAAUAAUCAAGUUGGUUCUUCUACUCAUAGGAAUUCUCAGGCUAAGCCGAAUCAGUCUCUUUCCAAGCAGAACAAUGUUGUCAAUGUCACCGUUGUUGCUUCUACAAGUUCUUCUAUGAUUGCCUUGGAUCUUAGUUCUUUUCAUCAUGAGCAAGUUUAAAAACUCAUUCAACAACUUCAGUUUCAUGUUCAUAUGCCAGACCCUGUUGCUUCACGUUCAUUGCAGCAUUCUUCUGUAACUGGUCAAGAUUAUCUGGCUGCUCAAUUUUCCAGUGAUACUUUUUCUUUUCUUUCUGUUAGCCUACGUUUUGAUAAUCAUUAUUUUACUUUUCAACAUCAAACUCUUUCUUCUUUAUCCACUAAACUCCAUUUGGGCUCUUGGAUCAUUGAAAGUGGUGCAACUACCCAUGUUUGUUCUAACUUGGCUUUGUUUAUAGUAACGUAUUUCUUGUUACAGGAGUCACAGUCUCACUUCCUAAUGGAACUAAAGAACCUAUUACUCAUACUGGAACUGUUCAUUUGACUGAUACAUUAGUGCUUUCUAAUGUUUUACAUGUUCUAUCUUUUCGUUUUAAUCUCAUUAGUGUGAGUAGUUUACUACAUCAUGAUCAUCAUUCAGCUCAUUUCUAUUCUGAUCAUUGUUAUAUUCAGGAGCUUACUCGGGGAUUGAUGAUUGGUAGAGGUUCAUUGCUUCACAAUCUUUACAUUCUUGAUCAACCGUUUGCAACUCCAUCAUUGAACUUCUGUGGAUCCUUUAAAGUCGAUGGUUCUCUUUCGCAUCAAAGCCUUGGGCAUCCAUAUUCUGCCAAGUUACAACACUCUCUGAUGCAAUAUCCUUAGAUAAGUUUUCUUUACUAGAUAUUUCUCGUUGUCUUGUGUUUCCCUUAGUUAAGCUACGUAGACUUCCGUUUCCACAACUUAAUAAAAUGUCUACAAAACCAUUUGAUCUUGUUCAUAUGGAUAUAUGGGGUCCUUUCUCUGUCGAGUCUGUUGAAGGUUAUAAGUACUUUCUUACAAUUGUAGAUGAUCUCACCGGUGUAACUUGGAUUUAUAUGUUGAAAUACAAAAGUGAUGUUUCUGUUAUUUUACCAUCGUUUGUUAAACUUGUGCGCACUCAAUAUAAUAAAAAACAUAAAGAUGAUUCACAGAGAUAAUGCUCAGGAACUUGCUUUCUCAAACUUGAUUAGAGAACAUGGUAUUAUGCAUAAAUUUUCUUGUGCUUAUACACCUCAACAAAAUUCUGUUGUGGAACUUUAACAUCAACAUCUCUUAAAUGUUACUAGGGCUUUAAUGUUUUAAUCUAGUGUUCCUUUAUAAUACUGGAGUGAUUGUAUCUUUACUGUUGUGUUUUCAAUCAAUCGAACAGCGUCCUUGUUUUUGAACAAAAUGCCAUGAGAAACAUACAGAUAAGAAACCUGAUUAUCAUUUUUUCAAAGCUUUUGGGUGUUUGUGUUAUGUGUCAAUAUUGCCUAAAGAUCGACACAAAUUUACUCCGAGAGCUGAGUCAUGCGUUUUCUUAGGCUGUCCAUCUGGUAUUAAAGGAUAUAAGGUUCUCAACAUUGAUACACAAGUUGUUUCUGUAUCUCGCAAUGUUAUCUUUCAUGGCCAUGACUUUCCUUACAAACAUGUUAAUACAGAUUCACAACUUGACAAUCUUUUUUCUAAGUCUAUAUUACCUUUAUCUAAUCCUAUUGAGAUUGAUUCUGUCAUUCCUGUGCAUUCUCAUGCAUCUACAUCAUCAUCAUCUCAUGUUCUGAAUGUUCCGGUGGUGAGUGAGACUCAUGCAUGUGAAGUUGCUUCUUGGUCUUGCUGCGAUUAAUGGCUGGUCGUUAGACCAAAUGGAUGUCACUUAUGCUUUUCUGCAUAGUGACCUUGACGAGGAGAUCUAUAUGAGUCUUCCUUUGGGAUAUACUCCUCCUCUAGGCGUAAUUCUUCCACCCAACCCAGUCUGUCGCUUGAAUAAGUCCAUUUAUGUAGACUGGAUCUUCCUUUAUUGGUAUAAAUGCUGCUCGUCAGUUCUUAUGUAGACUGGAUCUUAAACAAGCUUCCAAAAAAUGGUAUAAAUGCUGCUCGUCAGUUCUUAUUGUGGAUGGUUUCUCUUCUUCACUAGGUGGUCAUUCUCUCUUUGUCAAGAAGACUGGAUCUUCCUUUAUUGCCUUGUUGGUUUAUGUAGAUGACAUCCUUAUUGCGAGCAAUGAUGUUGAGGUUGUUUGUUCUGUGAAGACACUUCUACAUAAAUCUUUCAAGAUCAAGGAUUUAGGGAAUGCGAGAUUCUUUUUGGGCUUGGAGAUAGCUUGGAAUGCUACUGGUAUUGCUCUCUCACAUAAAGUAUGCUCUGGAUUUAUUGGCUGACACAUGAUUCUUGGCAUCUAAGCCUUUUGCAGUUCCAAUGGAUCCCUCAAUCCCACUGAGCAAAACCAUUGGUGUUCCUCUUCCUGAUGCUUCUUCGUAUCGUGAAUUAAUUGGAUGUCCUUUUUAUCUGACCAUCACGAGACCUAACAUCAUGUAUGUGGUUCAUCGGUUGAGUCAGUUUCUCUCUGCUCCUACAGACAUACAUUUUCAGUCAGCUCAAUGUAUUCUUCUCUACUUAAAAUCGAAUCCAUGGCAAGGCUUGUUCUAUUCAGCUGAUUCAGAUGCUUGUCUCAAUGUGUAUGUCGAUGCUGAUUGAGCUACAUGACAUGAUAUAAGACGCUUUGUCACAGGCUUCUGUGUGUAUCUUGGAAAGUCUUUGAUUAGCUGGAAAUGCAAGAAGCAGCAGACGGUCAGUAGAAGUAGUACUGAAGCAGAGUACAAGAGUAUGGCAUUGGCUGCUUGUGAGCUUAUUUGGUUGCAGCAAAUCCUUACAAACUUUAAGAUCACGGUAACUAAUACUGCAAAGCUGUUAUGUGAUAAUAAGUUAGCUAUCCAUAUUGCCACCAACCUUGUGUUUCAUGAAUGCACGAAACACAUCGAGAUUGACUGUCGUACCAUUCGAGAUCAGGUGAAGAAUGGUUUCAUUUGUCGCAUACAAGUGGUUAGUGCUAAUAAUCAUGCUGACAUUUUCACCAAACCGCUCCACAUCCUUCUCCUUUUCAUUUUAUCCUUUCGCACAUGUCAAUUUCAAGCCUCUUCUCACCGUCAUUACCUUCCACUUCAAAGGCUUGAGAGGGGCAUAUUACAUAUACUAAUUUCAUACACGUGUAUAGAUAUUGAGACUAUGUAUACGAGUCUUUAUACUCAUAUACUUGUAUAUAAACAAAACCCCUUGUACAUAAUUCAUUAAUCUAUUGAGUACAGUUUUAAGUUCUUGAGCUGUACUCUCUCUCUCUAUAAAACAACAUAUUAAAACGUGUCAUUCAUUGAUUUUAUUAAUUAUCAUUACUAUAAAGUUACAAAAAUAAAAAUUUUUCGGGUUCAUGAGGGUCAGCUGACACCUACCUAUCAUAUGUUUCCUCCCUUGCGUGGUGGUUUGUGAAUUGUGAGAGAAAUUUCACAUACAUGUCUGAACAAAAGAGAGAAGAAGUGGGAGACUCUCUGUAGUCUCUACCUGGCCAGAGACUUUCGUAUUAACAAUACCUUUUAGCUCGAAAGCAAUCUUUCCUUUAUUUCUGUAACGUCCCAUCUUACGUGCUUUAGUAAAAUACAUUGCAGACGUUUCCCACGUAAAGAAAUUCCUACGAAUGCAAAUCACACAAUCAUUGUUAUGGUCCUUAUCGAUGCUCAAAUCAUAUCGUACGCUUGGUUGGAGUUGUGUCGGUUAAUAUAAGAUCCCCAACCCCCAACGCAUUACGACAUGAGAGUACGGACAAUAACAACCUAACGCAUACACUGUUCUAAGCUCCAUCACAAACCUCGGAUCCUUCUAGCUCAAAACUUGACCUACUAGUUAUAUCUACGCCUAUAUAUGGUAAACAAACCCUAACGAAAACUAAAAGAAAAACAAAAGGAAGCGAGGACAACAUGAAACUGCUAGGUUGGAUGCGAACUAUAAACCUAAGUGGCUUUGAUCCAUCAAAGGAGUUCAAAGGUGGUUUCAGUUGCCUAAGAGCUCAGGUUUCCUCUGAAGUCCUAGACAUCCGAACAAACUCCUUCUCCUUCUCUAGAGCAUCUCAUCAUGACUCCAAUCCACCGAAAACUGAUGAGGAACUUUGGUUUGAUGAAGGCGGGUUCAGCGGCUUUCUGGCGAUCGGUACGCUUGGUAGAGAUCCUGAAACACCAAAAUUCACAUCUUCCAUUGCUGAAGAUGAUGUAACCGUGGCAAAGCUCGUUACUGAGAAACUAGACAAGUUUCUUGAGGAAUAUCCAGAUAAGGAUAGUAGCAGUAAGCAGGGAGAAAUAUCGAAGGCAGAAUAUGGUCUCUUUGGAUCAUCCACUGAGCUUACGAAGAGAGGCAAUGAAGUAAAGAAGAUGAAGGGUUUACUUAAAAACCUCUUCAAGAGAAGAAAGGCAGUAGAAGGAGAGUGUAACUCAAUGGAGAAACAAGGAACCAGAGAUUUGAUUAAAAGGAUAUCUAAAAAGCUCCACGUCUCUCCUUCAAAGACGAGAAAUGAUGAUGACUAUGAUGACUACGAUUAUUCCAUGCACAAGAAGAAAGAUAUAAGAAAGAGUGGUCAAAUCUUCCAAAGUAAAGUCCAUCCUGUUAUGUGUACACCUCCAAGAGACGAUAACAAGGUAGAUGACAGAAGAAGCUGCAAACUCAAGAUCCCGAGUCUUAAUGGAGGGUUUCUCGUUCCAAGUUCCAUCUCCAAAGUGAACAAGAAAAGAGAAAAUUGGAUCAGGACUGACACAGAGUAUCAUGUUCUGGAACUGUGAAGAUCAACACAUUGCAACAAACCUCCAUUGAUCCAGCCAAAGUUCUCUCGUAUCGAACACACAUAUAUAUACACAUAUCUACAAAAUCAUUGUCUAGUAAUGUGUAGUGAGAUUGUACGACUUUCAGGUCCAGAACUUCCUAGUUAUUCAAAAAGAAAACAUAUAUGUAUAAUUAUA